AUGGAGGUCGGCGAUUUCCCAUUGAAGGGCAAGAUCGUCGUCGUUACUGGAGGCGGGUCCGGCAUCGGUUUCGAAAUCGUCAAGCUCGCCGCCUCCAUUGGUUCCAAGGUGGUCGUUGCCGACCUGAAGCUCAAUGAGCAGGCCGAAGCGUUCGUAAAGAGCCAGGAUGAGAAAGACCUAGUGUUCCAGAGAUGCGACGUGACCAAGCGGGCAGAUCUGGAGAGGCUGGUUGAGGUCGCGGAGCAGAAGUGGGGAGAGGUUCCGGACGUGUACAUGGCGUCAGCAGGAGUAUUCGAGCCGGCCACUUCCAACUUCUGGACCGACACCGAAACGGACUCGUACACCACCCUCGCCGUCAACGUGACGGCCCCGCUCAAACUCACCCGCAUCGCGCUGCGCGCCUUCCUCCGCUCAAACAAGCGCGGCGUCGUCCUCCUCGUCUCCUCCAUCGCCGGCUACGCCGGCACCUACGCCGUGCCGCUGUACACGGCGUCCAAGCACGCCGUCGUCGGCUUCGCGAAAUCGAUGCGCAAGGCCGACGCGGAAGAGGGCGUCAAGGUCGUCGCGCUGUGCCCCGGCGUGGUGCGGACGCCGUUGUGGACGCCCGGAGCGAGCGAAGCGAGCAACGCGAGCCCAGCGAGCAGCGAGGGCGGGAAGAACGGGGGGCAGACGAAUCUUCUGAAGGACUUUGCCUACCCGGCCAGCGUCAUCCUGGAGCCGGCCGUCGUGGCGCAGGCGGCGGUGCGGCUGGCGGAGCGGGGCGAAUACGGCGGCGGGACGGUGCUGGAGUGCACGACGGCGGGCUUGCGCGUCAUUCCCGAGUGGGGCGUGAAGCCGCCGCCGCACCGGGAGAGCGGCGACAGAAACACGGGGGCGCCGCGGGAGGUGGUGCCGCCGGAGAAGGUGGAGGUUAAGGAGUAUCUGGCGCGGGAGAGGAGGGGGGGUCGGUCGAAGUUGUGA